AUGGCGUGGUCGUGGCCAGAAAUUAAGCAAAAGCUUCAGUGUCCCAAGGACGAAGAUGCCCAGUAUGAGAACACGACUUGGUGUAAUCGCGACUUGAUUCCAACUCCACCGGAUCGCAGGACUUAUGGAGUGUGGUCAUACUUUGGAUACUGGACCGUGUCGGGAUCUUGCAUCUCUGCAUGGUCAACAGGAAGUACUCUUCUUGCCUUCGGAUUGAGCCCGCAACAGGCUAUCGCCGUAGUAGUCGUUGGGGGUAUCCUAGCUGGUUUGCUGGCGGUCGCUUGUGGCUGGAUGGGUGAAAAUCACCAUAUCGGAUUCACAGUGUCGAGUAGAUUUUCAUGGGGCAUGAGAGGCUCAUAUUUUCCUGUCAUUUUGCGAGUGUUUGUAUCCUGUAUGUGGUUUGGCAUGCAGGCCUUUUGGGGAGGCCAGGCUACUCGAGUGAUGAUUGGAGCUAUCAUACCCGGAUUUGCCCACAUGCCUAACUACUUUUCUUCGGGCUCCCAUCUCCAAACCAAAGACUUCAUCGGGCUUUUGAUCUGGAUGUGCGCAUUUAUACCAGGGCUGCUUAUACGUCCGGAGAAGCUGCAAGUGCCAUUUAUGAUUUGCUUCACCUUUUUCUGCGCUUCAUGUUUUGGGCUGCUUAUUUGGGCCGUUUCUCAAGCACAUGGACCAGGAAGCAUGUUCCAAAAACCCGGCUCAGCACCAAAUGUUGGUUGGGCAUUCAUGUUUGGUAUCACUGCCAUUCUUGGGUCCUGGGGAUCCGGUACCCUUGGCCAGUCAGAUUGGACUCGAUAUGCCAAACGAAGAUUUGCUCCAACUUUAUCACAACUCAUUGCCUCGCCGUUAACUAUUGCAGCAACAGCUACCAUCGGAAUUAUUGUGACGAGUGCAUCUCGUGAUAUUAUGGGCGGGGAGAUCGAAUGGAACCCAAUAUAUCUGCUAGCAGAUAUUCAAGACUUUUACGGCUCUAGUCCUGGCGUUCGUGCGGCUGUGUUCUUUGCUAGUAUUGGCAUGGUGUUCUCCCAAUUCUCGAUUUCAGUUGUCCUGAACUCGGUAUCUUGCGGCAUGGAUAUGGCAGGUCUAUGGCCCCGAUACAUCAAUAUCCGAAGGGGUGGGUACAUCAUGGCUUGUGUUGGAAUUGCAGUUCAGCCGUGGCAACUCCUAUCUACAGCUGAAAAGUUUCUCUCUGUCCUGAGUGGAUUUGGUGUAUUCAUGGCACCUGCAACAGGAAUCAUGCUUGCCGAUUAUCAUAUUGUGCGAAAGCAUAAAUUGAAAAUAGGUGAUCUUUACACCGGGGACAGCUCAUCCAUUUACUGGUUUAACGAUGGGGUCAAUUGGAGAGCCUUUGUGGCCUUCUUGGCUGGCAUGUGGCCUUUGAUCCCUGGAUUGGUCGCUACGGUCAAUUCUUAUUCGGAGGGUCAGUGGACCGGCUGGAUACGCUUGUACAAUCUGACAUUCCUCAUCGGCCUGGCUAUGAGCUUUAUCGUGUUUUGGAUGCUGUCUUAUGUUUUUCCUCCUUUUGGACUUGGUCAGGAGUCCCCAUUCUCAGGCGACGAGAUACUGUAUGGGGUUUCAAAGCUCGAUGAUACGAAGAAGCCUACGGUCCGGGGAGAGGAGGAGAAACAGACUGCCUGUAGUUCUGUCUGA